AUGGAAAAUCCCCCAAAAUUCUACGGCUUCCACACUUUCGCAGAGCCCGGCUGCCCCAUCAUCCUCACCGCCUCAUUCCGAGACAACAUCCGCCGGUUCCUCCAAGAAUGCGCCUCCAUUGAGGGUUACCUUAUCAAUGGCAUGCCUCUUUGGCGCACAUUUCUCGUCUACGAGAGCAAAGGCACGGUUCUCCCCCUUUACACCAUCGAAGAAAAUGUCGAGGACUCUGAUCGCCCAUUCUGCGAUUACUGCCGCUGUGUUGGAUGGAGCCAUCACUUCGUGUCGAAGAGGAAAUACCAUCUGAUUAUUCCGGUGAAUGAUCAGUGGGAUGAUCCGAUUGAUGAGGGCGUUUUUGACCUGCAAACACACCUCUUGCACGGCUUGAUCCAUUGCAAUGGAUUCGGGCAUUUGAUUUGUAUCAACGGGAUUGAAGGCAGUUCCAAAUUCAUCCGUGGUAAAGAGAUUAUGGAUCUAUGGGAUCGCAUCUGUACUACUCUUAGUGUUAGGCAAAUUACAGUGGAAGAUUUGUCAAAGAAGAACAAAAUGGAGCUCCGGUUGCUUCAUGGGGUUGCGUACGGUCACUCGUGGUUUGGUAAAUGGGGGUACCGGUUCUGCCACGGGCGUUUCGGUGUAAAGGAGCACAACUACAAAAGUGCCAUCGAUCUUCUAAGCUCGUUGGAGCUUGACCAAAUAGUUGUCGAUUUCAGUUUUGUGAAGGCUUGCUUUGAUAUCAAACAGAUGAUUCAGUACUACAGAAACAUGAGUGGCAGCAAUUUGGUUACAAUUAGAGACUUGUUGAGAUUUUUGUUCACAGUGAAGUCGACAACUUCAAUGACACGAUCCUUUAGAUGGUCAUCGAAAUUUCCUACUAAGUUUGCUCUAAUGAACAGAUCCUUUAGAAAGGAGAAGCCUACAAAGUGCAGAAAAUUCUCCAAUGUUGCUGCGAAGAUGGAUAGUAGGUGGCCGGUUAGAAGGCUCGAGCACGUCUCACAAGUCAUAGUUGAAGCCUUGAAGGAGAAACGAGCAGCAAAAAACACCGGCAGCAGUGGGAUGACUAGGCAAGAGGCACGUGAUGCAGCACGCCUCCACAUUGGUGACACGGGGUUGAUAGAUCAUGUCCUCAAGGCGAUGACCAAUGUUAUUGUCAGGGAUCACAUUGUGCGCUGUUCGGUUAACAGAUCCACCAAGGUGCUGGAGUAUACGAUUCAAGAUCUGAAGUGUGAAGACGAGAAGCAGUCGUUGUACCCCUCAAAAGUUGAGAAGCCAUUUUGGAGAUUUUGUCUUGGUCCCGGGAGGAGCGUUUACAACGACAUCUCGUGUCUGUAUAAGAAUGUGUUGUUGGGCUAUCCAGAGUGUGAAUCAGUAGACUGUGCUGCUCAGAUGAUCCUUCACAGUAAGCACUUUGUGAAGGAGUUUCCUUUUAGGAAUGAUGAUGCUGAGUCACUGAUGUUCAUUUGCAUACUGAUUUUGAGCUCUGUUGAUCUCAAAACUGAUCUCUCGUACGAAUUCACGGCUAUGGAGAAGGUAGAAGUUCCACUGUACGCUACAGUCGGUGAUCUCAAGAAGGCAGUGGAGGCCGCCUUUCGUGACACCUACUGCGUGUUGGAUAGGCUGCGAGUGACAGAGAUUUUGGAGCUUGAAGAAGUCGAAGACGGGGAAGUUCUGUUUGGGGUGGUUCAGUCGGGUAUGGAGAUCCACGUCAAGGGCUAUGGAACGGAUACGGAGAGUAGCUUCUUGAGAUACGAAGGUGGGAUAGAGAAGUGGACUGUAAAAUGCAAGUGUGGGGCGAGAGAUGACGACGGGGAGAGGAUGGUUGCCUGUGAUAUAUGUGAGGCGUGGCAGCAUACGCACUGCUGUGGCAUCGAAGAAUCCGAGGCCGUCCCAAGGUUGUUCGUGUGUGAGGCGUGCUGUACCUUACUUGUAACAACAAAGAUACCCUGUGGCUUGACAUACGACUACGGGCCGUAUGUGGAAGAGCCAUUUGUCUAAAAUGUUGGUUGUUCUUUUGUGAAUUCUGUACAGUUUAUGUACAUGUGCAAAGUAGUAGA